CCAGCUGGCUAUAAACCUCCAUCGCCGCACCUCAGGCUCAGCUCAGGUCGCUAUGUAUACACCGGAGCACCGAGCAGCCUAGCUUCCCCUAGCUUCUUCUUCGGCAGAUUAAUGGAGGCUCGGGCUCCCCCUGUUUCUCUAGAGCUGUCUCUGGCACUGCCCCCCAUGCCACCGCCGUUACCAGCAGCAGCAACCUCAUCCCUCUCUCUUCAGGCUGCAGGGGAUGCGGCUUUGAGCUCUGCCGCCGGCUCGAAGCUGUUCUCGUGCCUCUUCUGCGACAAGAAGUUCCUCAAGUCGCAGGCGCUGAAGCCAACCAUAGCCGCCGAUCAGCGGUGCUGACGACGCGCGUGGUUGCCGACGCGCCGGAGUCGGUGGUUGUGGGGCACGUCCGUGUACUGCUGGGCUCGUCCCGUGUACCGCAGCGGACGUCUGACCCAGGGGUCCUCGGACCCGCACCCGACACGCGCGCCAUGGCGGGGCUGGGGGUGGGGCAAGCCCGUGCCAGGUGGGGCCGCCGGCUACAGGUCAUGCGGCUAGGGUGGCGGAGGAGAUAAGAUCCCCACCGACCCGCUCAAUUCCAGAUCUCGAUCUCCUUCUCCACCACUUCUGGGAGGCGCCUAGGGUUUCAACGCCUAGGGUUUCCCCGUCGUUCGGCUGGUGGGAGGGGAAGGCGGGAGGAGACCACAGAUCCUUCGCUCAGGUCGCUGCAUCUCUACCACGCGUGAAUCCGCCCACUUCCAUGGCGGAUCGAGGAGCGGAGAACCGUGGCCAUCGGCUUGAUGGCUUCGGGGCGGGCCGGGCUGGCCGGGGCGCCGGUCGCUUCGGACGGGGCGCCGGGCGCGGCGGGGGUGGAGGUGGCCGCAACAUGGUCUGGACGCGGGACAUCGAGGAAGGCGGUCAGGUCUCCACCAACAUGGAUCAAGGGCGCGUGCUGCCAGAUCGAGCAAGGUGGGAGGCGGCGGCCAUGGAAACGCAGAGCGAUGGCCGUCGCACAGAGAGAUGGGGCGACAACAACAACCAAGGCAAGGCGACUACGGGAGACAAUCAGCGUCCACAACAAGAUAUGCGUCCUCAACAAGAUCUGCGCCCCCAACAUGAUGCGCGUCCUCAGCAAGAUCGACAUCAUCCAACUCCGGGAAGAAGGAAUGCCACCCCACUAGUGGGCGGUGCUGAGGUUUGAGUCACUUGCAAAGAUCCUGGGCAUGUCCCAAUGUGCUGUCCUAGAGCAGUUUGCGGUAGAUGUGGUUUAAAUGGACAUCUGGUUCCUAUUUGCAAUACUGUUCUUCCUUGGGAAUGUGUGGCUCCUAUGUGUGGUUUUCAAGCUAAGGGGAAGGGUUUCUUCUACAUACAUGACGCUAGUACACCCAAGCAAAAUACUGAUAGGAACAGAUAUAUUAUCAUCUCUGUGAUAGAAGGGCAAGCUAGUGGCAGGCAGUUGGAGGAGUUCUUUAAUGCGUACAUUAACACAAAUUGGAAGUGUUCUGCUAGGUCGAUUGGGCCGAAUACUUUUGUGAUGAGAUUUCCUUCACCUAGAGAUGUUGACAAAGCUUGUUUCGCUGAAACUAUGAAUAUUAAGAGCUGUGGUGCUGUGGUGAGUCUCAAAAAAUGGUCUGAAUCUGUGGGUGCCAAGGGUGUACUUAACAUUGCUUGGGUCAAUGUUAGCAACAUCCCUUUGGACAAAAGGUGUGAAAAAAAUAUUGCUUAUGUUGGAUCUUUGGUGGGUGCGACUUUGGACAUCGACAAAUCUACUAUCAACAGACCCGAGUCGGUCAGGAUUAAGUUGGGUUGUAGAGAUGCUGAGAACAUCCCAGCUAAGGCAGAGGGGGUGUUGGGAGAUAUUUCUAUGUUUUCUUCUACUCGGUGGAUAAAAUUCUGAUUAAAAAUAAUCCUAAAGGAACUGUGACAAUUACUCAGGAUGCAGACAAGGGGGUGUCACCCAAGAGGGCUAGAAUCACAGAAAAUGUGCAAAAUGGUGACCAGGGGGGCUCUUCUUCCACUUUGGGGAACUUUUCUGCUCCUCCCAAUUCAGUUGUGAGGGGAGUGCACAUGCCAGCUUUAACAGAAAGUAUGGAAGAGGAAAAUGAUGCUGGGAAAAAUCAAAAAGAAAAUGAGGAGAAUUUCUCCGAGGAGGAAAGUGAGGAGAUUGAUAAUGAGCUUCUUAUUGACACUAUUGCUGCUGAAAACAGAGAAAAACAAAUGGGGGGGGGGGGGGGUGUCUCCAGAAACCAUAUCAUAUGAAAAAAUUAUGGUGAAUACCACGCAGAUCAUACCCAGUGUUUCACUUGUCAGAGCAAAAACAUCUUAUCUAGAUGCUGUGUUGGGGCAACCUGAUGUCACUGAACUGGAUCCUGAUGAUGUAUCAUGUCAGCAAGUGCCCUCGGUGUAUUCUGUGCAGUCUCCUGAUACUUCUGUGGAAGAGAAUGUGGAGGUGAUCCCUACCCCACCUAUGGUGGAGGAAAUGCAAGUCAGGAUGAGCCAAAGAACAGCUGGUGGUAACAUGGAACAUAUGGGGGUCCAAGCUGAAAAAUUGACCAAGAAGAGAAAUCUUCAACAUAAUGAAACAACUCCUAAUUCCAACUCUUUUGAGAUUUUGUCCAAUCUAGAAAUUGUUGAUACUGCCUCAAUGAUGGGGGUGGAUAUCCCUGAUAAUAAUUUUACUGUUAUUGAUGUGAUUAGAGAACUGGAAAAGUCCAGAGCCAAUAUAGCUGAGAAAACUGAAAAUGGUGAGAAACAAAAAGAUAAUAUGUUGUUUAUUACCAAUGCUGCUGGGGACAAAUCCCCUCUAAAUACUGACUGGGUGAGGGAUGGUGAGGUGGAUGAAGAGGAGUUUACUGUUGUUAGAUCUAGAAAGAAGGAUAAGAAGAAGGUUAAUGUAGUAAUUUCCAAACCUGUGACUAGAAGUCAGAAAAACAAAAUGUCUUUUGAUGCUGGUUCGACCAUGCUUCCUGGUAAACCUAGCAACAAAAGACAAUCUCCCAAAUGUAAGAAAAAAUGAUUAGCCUCUUCUGGAACUGUAGGAGAGUGGGGAAGAGGGGUAUGGCUACUUGCUUAUCUGACCUGGUUAGAGAUUACUGUUUAGAUUUUAUUGGUAUUCAGGAAACAAUGAAGAAGGACUUUUCCUCUAAAUUCUUGAGGAAAUUUGAUCCAGGACAGUAUUUUGAUUGGAGGUGGAUCCCUUCAAUAGGUAAAUCUGGGGGAAUUCUUUGUGGUACUAAGGAAGAUACUUUUGAAGUUAGAUCCUGUGAGACAGGUAAAUAUAUCAUGAAGCUUGAACUAUGGGAUAAGAGAAAAAAAGUGGUAUAUUGUAUUCUGGUAGUGUAUGGCUCUGCUCAUGAAGAGUAUAAAAUGGAAUUUUUGACAGAGUUGUCUGACAUGUGUAGCAAUAUUACUUGCCCUUACAUUGUAGGGGAGACUUUAAUAUUCUUAGAUAUGCUAAGGAGAAAAAUAAGAAAACUAGAAUGAGUCAUGCUACUGAUCUCUUUAACUCCAUCAUUAAUACAUUCUGUCUCAGGGAAGUUGACAUGAAUGGUGGUAUAUAUACUUGGUCUAAUAAUCAACAAAUUUCUACCCUGGAAAAAUUGGACCGUAUACUUAUGUCCAGUUCUUGGGAAAGGCAAUUUCCUUUGACUUCUGUCAGGAAACUUACUAAAGAGAUUUCAGAUCAUAGACCUUUGCUCUUGAAUACUGAAGACUUUAUUCCUAAUACAAGUCAGAAGAGAGAUUUCAGAUUUGAUCUGAAUUGGCUCAAAAAUCCUGAGUUUAUACCCUUAGUUGCUAAGGUGUGGAUGAAACCUGUGAAUGCAAAUGAUCCCAUUGAUGUUCUGAAUAUCAAAAUGAAGAGAUUCAAGAAAUUUUUCAAAGGUUGGGGAUCCAACUUGUUUGGGAAAUCUAGAAAGAGAAGGAGAGAUCUUAGAGAGGAACUUGAACAUCUAGAAAAACUAGAAGAAACUGAUGUGCUUUCCCCUGAAUUAUACUGCAAGAAAGUUGAGAUUUUGGUGGAAUUAUAUAAUCUACUGGUAGAAGAGGGAUUACAUGGAUGCAAAAAUCCCAUGAAAAUUGGUUGUUGAAAGGGGAUAGAAAUACUGACUACUUUCACAGAAUAGUAAACGGGAGAAGGAGGAGGAAUACUAUUUUCUCACUUAGUUGUGGAGAUGAGAUGAUAGAGGGGACUAAAAACCCACUACUAGAAAUCUACGUUUUACCUAGGGCCAAGGCCUUCACCUAGAGCUUAUUAAUCUCCUCAAGGGAAAGAAAAGUAAUGAAUAGUGCCCCUCUAGGGAAAGACAAUUUUGCUGCAAAAAAAACUGGAAAAUAAAAUUUCCCAAAGUACUGGUGCCACGUGCAUACCAUCCACCCCGAAAAAACACCAAGAUAUGGCCUCCCGCGUCGACGGCGCGCGCCUUUUAUUUGCCCCUGCGCAUGAGGGCCCAUUCUGCAGUGAGAUAGCAAAGGGAGAAAGGGCGCGCAGUGCCAAAAAAUUUUCGGCUAAAUUUGGUCUCCUUCACCCGUGCCUCAAGCCUUCGCCGCCGCCCGCCGCCAGAGAAAAUCCCCCAUCCUUCUCUCCUCAAUCUUCAUCUCCCCAUGGCCCCAUCGCAUGGCCCGCCGUGCGCCACCACCCCGUCGCGCCCCUACCGGCCCUGCUCCACCGCGUAGCCUCUUCCUCCCCUUCUCCCCAACAUCGGUGACCGAGUCGGACCAUCCGGCGGUGGGCACGAUGUCCUCUCGCGGAUCUGACUGCCGCCACCGUUGCCUUCUCAACGCCACCUCGAGCUCCCCCACGACGCGGUUGUCCCUGACGAGCACCACCCUGACACUACGUCCCCGGCGAGCUCCUCCCCGACGGCCCCAUACUCUUCUGCACCGCCCCCGCCCCCUCCUCUCCUGCCACUCGAGCACUACGGCGAGGAUAACGGAAUCCACCUCCUCGCUAGAUCAAGAUCGCGCCCACCACCUCGACUUCUCUCCAAAGGUUGUCCAUGCUAACAGUGGCGGAGCUUGAAAGAAAUCUUAGGAGGGGCAAAGGUAAAACAAAAAAUCAAAUACAAAUACAGGUAUAAGGGAUGCAAGUGGAGGCAUCUGCAUGUCCGCGAAGCAAAAAUUGCAUUAAUCUUUGUUAGUUUAACAACCCUCUUAGAUUAUUUUUUCUGUUCGCGGUCACUCACGGAUAUGCGGACGCCAUCCACUUAAACAAGUUAGAUUUUGCAGAAUACUGAGAACAUAGAUAAUUACAUUGAUCCUAUCCACAUUAGCUUACAAAUACAUUUCUAACAUUAAUUAUAUAUAAGCUACUUGGUAACAAAUGAAACUGAACCAAAAUACUAAAUAAAUAUGUAGUAUUGAGUUAAUCACUAAGGAUCAGCUCUUUGUUUCUUCCCGCUCCUAAAUUGCAUAAGAAAUUCUUGACUGUGAUUUUACUCUCCGUGCUUAACAUAAGCUACUGGAUAAAAAAUCAUCUUCCAACAUAUUACGUAGCAUUGUCUUAUUAAUCUUCGAAGUAGAAAAUACACAAGCUUGGCACUUCAGUAUAGCAGGAUUAAAUUCCCAGUGGGGAGAGUGAGGCUAGACUGCUCUUGCUGCUCAUAGCCUCACUUGUACAUGACACCGGCAGUGGCCUGAUGCCUAAGCACGACCGCGACUAGACGAGCCCAGGAGCUCUAACCACCAGCCUCUGGCAUCUGGCCCCAACGCUAGUAAGCUCCAGUGGCAUGUGUUCUGGCUCCCCGACCCCAUGCUCACGCGUCACCGGUCGCAAAGUCCGUGCUAGACAAAAGAGUAGAAGGCGCGCUACAGUAUUGUUUCGCUGCUUGUUUGUCUCCUAUGCAGAGCAUGAGAAGGAUGUGAUAACUGUGCCUUAUGGGUUGUAGUGUGCAGUACUACUACCUGGUACUAAUUUUUUUUAUUUUCGCUGGGAGGCAACCGCCCAGGUUCGCCCCUGUGAAGCUCUGCCGUUGCAUGCUAGUACUCUGGAUACUAUGUCAACUAGAUUGUUGAUUGUUUGUGUGGGCAAAGCAACCAAAGUUGUUGAUAGGUAUUCUAUAUCCUAUCUUUUCAGGCGCGAUGGUUACUGGAACAAUCUUCCUUCUAACGAUCCCAUUUUGUUAACUUAAAACAUAUUUGUUAACUUAAAACAUAUCUCCUGACUGAAUGUUUUUGUGAUUUAAAGGUACCGAUGAAUGUUUAAAGGCUACAUUGGUGUUUCUAGCUUGGAGAAGCAACAUCAACUUGGGAUACAGAUUCACCAGCAUAUGUACAUGCAUCUCAUAGGGGGAGAGCUCUUGCAUGGAUGACCAUAAUGUCACUCUGGAUGCUUCUCCACAAGAUUUGAUUCUGGAGCCUGACGCUGGUGUUGUAGGGAUGUUUGGAUUUUUAUUGAUAAUGCAUCUGGAACUACCUCAGCUUGUCACUCCUCGGAAGCCAACCUCUUGAUAGUUAAUGAUGUCGGGUGCAUGUAUAGAUAGCAUGUUGUAACAAGUUUAUUUGAUACUCGGCGUGACCAACAAUGCUUGUACAUGUUGGUCACAGUGUUCUAGUUGCAACGACUAACUUGUCAAAGCUUAUUUUUUGAAUUUGGCCUUUAGUUGACUACAUAUCUGAUGUAUGUGUUCAUUGAUUAUGAAUCUGAUGUGGUGUAUGAUGAAUUUUGGAUGUGAUUUAC